AUGUCCCAGCCCACACCUCCGGGGGCUGGCGUCGAUCCAGGAGGGGCCCUGCGAGAUGCAUUUGAUAUGCUCGAGCAGUCAACAUCCCAGACUGGGCCUCCAAUCACGACAGCGACGCCGCACUCGCUCCAACCAGAGCACAUGUUCGCGUUCUCUGGUGGGGCAGCGUCGCCCGCUGCACGUCCAGGUAUGCCUUCGGCUUCUUACGGCCGGGACUCGAUGGGCCCUCAGUUGCAAGAGGCCGAUGGUGGGUCCUGGGGAUAUGGCCCCCGAGGUAUGCAGACGUCGUUCAUCCCGAACGACUUCGACUUGAGCAAUCUCUUGCCUUCUCGUCCGCUUGACGGGCUGCACGAUGUUUAUGGCCGGACUCUGGAGGAGGUCGAGCAGUCGUGCAAAGCAUCAAUGGAAACUAUGGCCAUCAACACGACAAAGCGUGCAAUUGUUCCCUUGCAUCAGACUGUUGAACGGAUGGUCAGAGUCGUUCAGGACCAGAAUUCACGCUUGGAGAACUUGGCGAACCGGCUUACCUCUCUCGCCACGCUGCAAGCAGAGACCACAGAGGUUGUCAAGGGCUUGACGGCCUUGAGGGCGCCUUCGGGGUGCGCUACACCCCAGCUGGAUCGUGCGCGUCGUAUUCCUUCUCUAGAGGAGGCGAUCCAUACAACCUCAUUUCGCCUGAUGGGCAUAUCCCAGGCUGCAAAGGUCAAACUCGACCCUGACGACGAGAGGCCGGCGACGUACCCCCUUCCCGAGCCAUUGCCUCCUGGGAGCGUUCAACACCAAGUAAACCAUGGGUUCAUCUCGGCGGUUGCAGAGACUGUUUUUCAAAACCGGAAUACUGAGUUCAGCAUCCCAGAUGAUAUCAGCAUGGACAGGAUUGUCAAAGCGUCAAAGGGCUACUUCGUCAACUUGGUGAGGGGCUACAAGGAGCACCAUACUCCUGAGGGCAUUGAGAAGGGUACUAAGAGGAGAAAGAGGUCUCGUCGUCACGUUCGCCCACCGGAGAAAGCGAAUGCCCGUCGGUGCUGCAUCCGGCCCUUCCGCAGCAAGCAUGGGCGGGAGCAGACGCGUGGCGUCGCAAAGCUCAUCUGGAGCGACUGGCAGAGUGGGGAGGUGACUGCUGGUUCGGAGAGCGAAGGUUCAGACUCCAAUGACGACGAGGUUGCUCUCGCUGCACGUGAGGCUCGGCGGGCUGCCGCAGCGGAUUUGCGCGAGAAGGGCGCUUUGUACGUGGUUGAGGUCGGAUGGCUGUCAGAUAAGCUUCGUGCUCUUUACGCAUCACUUGAUGCUGUUGGCCCCGCCAAGGAAGGGGUAGACUACGGCGUCCUAAGCGACACUGACGAGGAAAACAUGGGGGGUGAUGAGCUUGGCAACGGAGAUGAGAGUGAAGACAACCGUGACGAGCCGGUCACCUUAGGCAAGCGCAGGGCGGCCCAAGCCGCAGUGCAGCUGCCUAGGCGCUCCACCGGGAAGUUGACCGGCUCAAGCAAGACGAUGCCUCGUCGUGAGCGCGUCCGCGGCAUUAAAGUCAGCAACGAUCUUCCCCGGAUGGCAAAGGCCUCGCAAAAGUACCUGUAUAAGGAAUGUAUGGGUGAGAAGUGGGCUAUGGAGUCGCCUGGUGAUCGGAUGAACCUUUAUGUUGGGUUAGCACUUCGUCCAGCUGAGUUCACCGUGUUUGACAUGGUUGUUCAGGAGGAUGGCCGCUUGGCUGCCCCACCUCAGUCAGACAUGUAG